AACUGGAGUAACUCAGCGGGUUAGGCAGCGCCUCUGGAGAAAAGGAAUACGGACCCUUCUUCAGACCUGUAUAAGCAGAAUGGGACUUUCUUGGGUACUUUGACUAUUUCUUUGGGUAUUUGAAGCGAUAUGGUUGUGAGUUGCUCGGCAGUCAACAUUCUCUGUGACGGGACUCGUGUCCCAUGUUGAUGUUUACAAGCAUGUGAUCCGUGGUCUCCUUGCCCCGCUGGUGACCCAUCCUGUGGUGUUGGAGUGUGCGAGAUUCCUAUCCCGGACAGCGAGUUGCCAAGACGAAUGUAUCUAUUCCUUAACCAAUGAGCAGCAAUCUCCCUGUAUAAAUAGAGACCAGCACAGGCGUUGCAACUGUUCGGAGUGAGUUGAGGCAGAUGUGGACGAGAAUGCAAGCUCGUUGGAGAAGUUUGGUGUCAACGUUUCCUUUGCUAGUUUUUCUGUAGUGCAUCAGUUGGUCACGAUUGCAGCAUCUCAGAGGUCUCCUGCCAAACAGUCCUCCAAAUUCACUUAAAGGUUUGAUUGAAGAAUGGUGAAUGUGCAGGAAUGUUCACUUCCCAGCCACCUGUAAAAAAGGCUGAAUAUGGUUGGAUUAAAGCCCCUGGAUGUCCCUCCACCAUCUAGUAUAAAAGUACUUGGUGCCGGGUUAGCAGCUUGCAUUGCCGAUCUCAUUACAUUCCCUCUUGAUACGACCAAAGUGAGAUUACAGAUUCAAGGGGAAUCUAAAUCUGCAAACCUUGCGAAUGCACUGAAGUACAGAGGGGUCUUUGGUACGAUAGCUACAAUUGUGAAGACUGAAGGAGUGAGAAGUCUCUACAAUGGCCUGGUCGCUGGCCUUCAACGUCAGAUGAGUUUCGCAUCGGUGCGCAUUGGGCUUUAUGACACUGUUAAAGUGUUCUACUCCAAUGGAUCUGACAAUGUCUCCAUUGGUUGUCGACUGCUCGCUGGAUGUACAACUGGAACCAUGGCAGUCACGUUGGCACAGCCAACAGAUGUGGUGAAAGUAAGGUUUCAAGCACAGGCAAACGUAACAGGCAUGGCUAAACGCUACAGUGGGACAUUGAAUGCCUACAGAACAAUUGCCAAAGAAGAAGGAUUUAAAGGAUUAUGGAAAGGGACCUUGCCAAAUAUUGCUCGCAAUUCUAUCGUGAACUGCGCAGAACUGGUGACCUAUGACAUGUUUAAGGAUGCAUUGUUACGACAUAGCCUUAUGACUGAUAACCUUCCUUGCCACUUCUGUGCUGCAUUUGCGGCUGGAUUCUGCACGACCAUUGUUGCUUCGCCUGUCGAUGUCAUCAAGACCAGAUACAUGAACUCUUCCCCUGGCCAGUACAACAGUGCUAUUAAUUGUUCCUUUAUUAUGCUGAGAAAAGAAGGUCUAACAGCAUUUUACAAAGGAUUCAUUCCCUCCUUCCUGAGACUGGGCUCAUGGAACGUGGUGAUGUUUGUCACCUAUGAACAGUUGAAACGUGCAAUGAUGAUGGCCAAGUAGUCCUGUGAAUCUCUUUGACAUCCUGUACUUGCAUUAGCAGACGAUUUAAACUGAAUCCCUUUAAAUCGUGUAUGGAUUUUAAGGUCUUGGAUCUUUAAACAAAAAGGAUUUGUAAUGUGAGCAUGUCGCAGGUCGAUGUGGUGAUGUACUUUUAUCAUACCGGGUGAUUUUGAAAAUUGUUUACACAAAGAGCUUUUAUGUUUUUAUAUAAGGCGAAGAAUGAUGAUUUCUAGAAUAUAUUUUGCUGUGAAGCAAACGUGAUCACAUGAUUAUACUUUUCAUAGCGUUGCAUUGCAAUGAAACGGGUCUUUCAACCUUAAUGACUAUCAUGCUUAUCUAUAUUGUUCACAUCUGCCUGCAUGAAUUCCAUAUUGUUGGUCGCUGAAGUACCUGUCUAGAUGCCUCUUAAAUAUUGUUGCGGUUCCUGCUUCCACCGCCUCUCUUUCAGGAUAUCUCUCGGAGUAGCCCCCUGAUGGUCUCCCCAAUCAAUAGUAUAACUCCCCCCCCUCUUAUCUCCACCUCGGUUAUGCUAGAAGUAUCAGUAUCCCAGAACAUUGUGCUGCCCAUUCCUUACCAUGUUUCUGUAGUAGCUAUAAUAUCACAAUUACUCUAAUUUAGAAGGGUGAGAGGGGAUCAUAUAGAAACAUAUAAAAUUCUUAAGGGAUUGGACAGUCUAGAUGCAGGAAAAAUGUUCCCGAUGUUGAAAAUCAGGAACGGGGUACUGAUUUAGGAUGAUCAGCCAUGAUCAUAUUGAAUAGCAGUGCUGGCUUGAAGGGCCGAAUGGCCUACUCCUGCACCUAUUUUCUAUGCUUCUAUUCUAAGUGACAGCCUAUGCUCUGGGUUUUUUUGCUUUAUCAGUGAGGCAUUUUGUAUUAAAAUGAAUAUAGAUGAGCCUAUCAGCUAUCCCAGGCUGUGUGGCCUACCCCUGCCAGGCCUGCCUACUGGGUUUGCUUCUGCUAACUUUUAUUACAUUCAACUUUCUCAUUUGUUACAUUACUACUUUGGGUGCCCUCCUCCUGCCAGACUAGUUUGAGUUCACCAGUGAAUCUCCUUACAAGGACAUUGAUCCUCCUGCUGUCCCUCUUGCAUAGGUCACCACAGGCCAAGAGAUGCCAAUUGUCCUAGUAACUAAAGCACUCCAUCCUGCAGUCACUUUCUUAUGUGGCACAAGGAGGAAUCCUGAGAUUACAAGCCUCAAAGACCUGCUUUCUCACCUUCUGCAUAACUCCCUAUAUUUAUUUUGUAGGAUCUAAUCUCUUUUCUUGCCGAUGCCGAUAGUACUAAUGUGGACCAUGACCUUUGGCUUCUCACUUUCCUCUCUCAGAAUGUCUCGUACCCACUCUCAAAACAUUCUUGACCCUAGCACCAGGGAAGCAACACACUACUCUAGAAUCUUGCUAUCAACUAUUUCACCACAAGCAGAAUUUUGCCACAGGCAUUCUGCGAUCAAUAAUGCACAGUGACAAAUUUACUUUCUUAUGCGUCUGUGAGGAUUUUCUUGAACCGUUACAGAUAUGCUAUAGAAAGUAUUCUGACGGGAUGCGUGGCUGGUAUAGCAACCGCUCUGCUCCUGAUAUUACCCAAACUUGUGAACCCAGCCCAGCCCAUCUAUCACAAGCUUGCCAUUUCCUUUCAUGCAGUCAAUCUUCACGGUGCAUUGCGUCAAAGAAGGCUGGAAUUAUUGUCCACCACCCUAGCCUGUUCCCCUUUUCUCUUCCAGUCUCUACAGGAGUUUGAAAGCCUGGAUGUCCAGACUUAAACAUAGCUUCUUCCCCAAUGUCUCCUGAACAUCAUCUCUUUCAGGGAGACACAAAAUGCUGGUAACUCAGGGGGACAGGCAGCAUCUCUGGAGAGAAGGAAUGGGUAACAUUUCGGGUCGAGACCCUUCUUCAGACUUUCUCUUUCACAUCCCCUUUCUAGAGGUGUUGCCACAUCCUCUCACUCUUGACUCUACCUCAUUUGGUUAUUACUUAAUUGCACUUUACUUCUUUUUUUCAGCACUACUUCAGAUGGCACAACAGUUUUUGCACCAUUCUGCAGUUUUACAUUUGUCAUUGCAUUUAUUGUUGUAUCUAUCCUUACGAUGUAUGCUAUUUAUGAGCUUCAUGCAGUCAAGGAAUUUCAUUGCACCUUGGUGUAUGUGGCAAGAAACUAAUCUGAAUCUGUUAUAUAAAUUGAACUG